GUAUCAUCACUGUAAAUCAUCUGUAAACACCCCUUAAUCUAAAUAACAAUUUUCCACGUCGGCAAAAAUUUCUUUUGUUAAAUAAAAUAAUUAUUUAACAAAAUAAAUUGUUGCAGGCUUGCAGAAUCAUCUGACUCUGUGGUCAUCAUACUUUUGUAGCUAAAAACAGAUUUUAUAGAAAAUACAGCAAAAUGUCUGAUGAUAAUUCACAAUAUACACUUCCCAAUAAUCAGCCAAUUGUUUUACUUGAUUGUGAAACAGCAUUCAAUGCAUUAUCAAAAUAUGAAAAAUUAUAUUCUCAUUAUUUGAGUAGAGUAUCAUGGAAUGGUGGUUUAAUAACACUCGUUCAAACAUCACCAGAAUCACCAUUGAUAUUUUCAUUGUUACAUAAAAUAUUAAUCAAUGAGAAAAUUUGUGAUUUAAAAAAAUCAGCUAUUGCUGCUGGUGUUAGUGAUGAUGAAUUUACAGCAUUUCUUGUUUAUACAUGUGGUUUCUUUUCAAAUGCUGGAAAUUACAAAUCAUUUGGUGACAGUAAAAUAAUUCCAAAUUUACCAAAAGAUAAAUUUGAAAUAAUUGUUAAAUCAUCAAAAGCAUACGAAGAUAAAUCAAAUAAACUUGAUGAUAUUUGGAGUAAAAUGAAUAAAAUGCUUUAUUCACUUGAUGGUAAAUUAAAAUCUCUUGGUCUUGGUGAUAAAGGAAUAACAACUUAUUUUUCAUCAAAUUGUACUGAAGAUGAUGUUCAUAUUGUCAAAGAAUUUAUGCAAAGUAAUAAACUUGAAGCUUAUAAUAAUCGUUGUUUUAAAACAACUGAAAAAUAUGGUGAAUCAAAUAAUGAAACACGUGAUGUUUAUGAAAUAAGAUUAGCAUCAUUAGAAGAUAGUAAUGAUAAUGAUAAUAUAACAAUGCCUGAAGUUAUAUUUGAAGGUGCUAAAUUUAAAGUAACACGUGGUGAUUAUAGUAAAUUAUUUAUAUCAAUGAUUGAUAAUUUUCAAAAAGCAAUUAAAUAUGCAGCAAAUGAUAAUGAAAAAUUUAUGAUUGAAAAAUAUAUAAAACAUUUUAAAAAUGGUUCAUUAGAAGAUCAUAAAGAUGCAAUGCGUUAUUGGAUUAAAGAUAAAGGACCAGUUGUUGAAUGUAAUAUUGGUUUUAUUGAAACAUAUCGUGAUCCAGCUGGACAACGUGGUGAAUUUGAAGGUUUUGUUGCAAUUGUUAAUAAAGAAAUGUCGAAAAAAUUUACAACACUUGUUGAUCAAGCACAAAAUUUAUUACCAAAAUUACCAUGGGGUAAUGAUUUUGAAAAAGAUGAAUUUUUACGUCCUGAUUUUACAUCACUUGAUGUAUUAACAUUUGCUGGUUCAGGUAUACCAGCUGGUAUAAAUAUACCAAAUUAUGAUGAAAUACGUCAAAAUGAAGGUUUUAAAAAUGUAUCACUUGGUAAUGUUAUACCAGCAAGUAUGAAACAAGAUAUUAUACCAUUUUUAUCUGAUAAUGAUCAAGCAUUAUUACAUAAACAUAGAAUUGCUAGUUUUGAAGUACAAGUUGGUCUUCAUGAAUUACUUGGACAUGGUAGUGGUAAAUUUUUCCGUCAAUGUGAAGAUGGUACAUUUAAUUUUGAUAAUACCAAAGUUAUAAAUCCAUUAACAGGUAAAAAAAUUGAUAAAUAUUAUUCAAUUGGUGAAACUUAUGAUUCAAAAUUUGGCUCAAUGGGUUCAUCAUAUGAAGAAUGUCGUGCUGAAGCUGUUGGUCUUUAUCUUAGUCUUGAAAAAGAUGUACUUGAAAUAUUUGGAUAUAAAGAUGAUGAUGCUGAUGAAAUUAUUUAUGUUAAUUGGUUAUCAUUAAUUUGGACUGGUUGUGCUAAAGCAUUAGAAAUGUAUCAACCAGAAACUAAAAAAUGGCUACAAGCACAUUCACAAGCACGUUAUGUUUUAAUGAGAGUUUGUCUUGAAGCUGGUGAUGAUUUUAUUAAAAUUGAAGAAACAGAAAAAGAUAAAAAUUUAUUAUUAACAAUGGAUAAAAAUAAAAUAAAUACUGUUGGUAAAAAAGCUAUUGGUGACUUUUUAACAAAAUUACAAGUUUAUAAAAGUACUGGUGAUUAUGAAGCUGCUAAAGCAAUGUAUGAUAAAUAUUCUGAUGUACCUGAAGAUGGUGAACAUCCAUUUGGUAAAUGGUGGAAAAUUGUUUUAGCUAAUAAACAACCAAGAAAAAUAUUUGUACAAGCAAAUACAUCUGUUACUGGACAAGAUGAAGAUGUUAAACUGACAAAUUAUGAAGCAACAUUUGAAGGUUUUAUUCAAUCAUGGGUCGACAGAUUUCCAACACCAGAAUACUCUGAUAUUCUUGUUGAACUUGCUGAAAAAGAUAGCCCAUAUUUUCCAGAAGCUUAUAAUUAAUUUAAAUUUAAAUCAUCAUGACUAACAUUGUUUGCUCUUUUUAUUUUUUUUUUUAGUUAUACAAUAAUUAUAACAUUUUAUUAUCAGCCAUACUUGUCAAUUGUCAUACUCAAAAAUAUUCUGUUAUUUUAAUUUUUUUUUUUCUAUAAAUA